GCUAUCCCGACUAUCCAACAUUCCUUUUCCGACUUGUAUCACGUUGAUAAGGGAGCAAGUGAAGUGUUACGGAACUAAAAUCUACACAAAAUAUUCACAUCGAUAUUAAAUAUCAAUCAUGGGUAAGGGAAAUAACAUGAUUCCAAAUGGCCAUUUUCACAAGGAUUGGCAGCGAUAUGUAAAAACUUGGUUUAACCAGCCAGCGAGAAAAAUCCGUCGUAAACAAAAACGUGUUGAGAAGGCACGUGCACUUGCACCCAGGCCUAUAAACCUUUUGAGACCAAUUGUACAUUGUCCAACAUCUCGCUAUCAUACUAAAGUUCGUGCUGGUAAAGGUUUCACACUGGCGGAAAUCAAAGCUAGCGGUCUGAACAGGAGAUAUGCUAAAUCAGUUGGAAUUGCAAUUGAUCAUCGUCGUCGUAAUAAGUCUAUUGAGUCUCUGCAAAUUAAUGCUCAACGUUUGUCUGAAUAUAAGGCUAAAUUGAUCACCUUCCCGAUACAUCAAAAGAAAAAGCCUCAGAAGGGUGAUGCAACUGAAGAGGAGAGAAAGGUUGCUGUCCAAAUUAAAGGAGAUCCUAUGCCUAUUCGACAUCAAGCAUCUGCUAAAGCAAAGGCUCGACCUAUUACUGAGGAGGAGAAGAAAUUCUCAGCAUACGUAACCCUUCGUAAAGCAAGAGCAGAUGCGCGCUUAGUUGGCAUUCGUGCAAAGCGUGUUAAGGAUGCUUCAGAAAACCCUGAUGAAGUGACAAAAGUUGCUAAAGAUAAAAAAGCUAAGAAGUAAUCCCGAUGACAUUUUUUCUUUAUGUAUAUAUAAAAAUAAAAUUUUCCUAUAAUGGAAAAUAA